AUGAAACCAGCGUCAGACAAGAAUUUCCGCUGCAAUGUCUGCCAGCGAUCGUUCACUCGCAUUGACCACCUGAAGCGACAUCAUCUGCGACUGAUAAUCUGCGUAUUCACUACACGGAAUGUCCCCAGCGAGGAGAUCAACCAAUUCCAGAAACCGGUCAACGCGGUAGACGCCGACACGCUUGUGCAUCAACGAAAGCUAAAAUUGAAAGUCCAAAAUGUACACUCAAUAACUGUUAUGCUUGGAAUAAAGUCGAUUGCUAACGGCAAAACAGCUACAGAAGCCUCGCUUCUCAAGAACGAAGAGUUGGAAUUGUCCGAUCGAGGAUCGAUCCGCUUUCUUCUCAAUGGCGGUACGGAUAGUUUCACUGAAAGAUUUCGUCUUCCUCCGCGCAGCGACCGCGCUCGGGGCAUGCAGUAUCACACUCAGAAAGAGUUGGAAGAAGCUACAAAUACCGCCAAUCUCAAGAAUGUGUCCUCGGAUUUUGACGAUCUGACGUCAUUUGAAGAAAGCUUCAUGUCUUUGAUAACCGGCCCCUUUCCAGAGCAUCAAAGGUCAAUUACAGAUCAUUUCCCUGGUAGUUUUAAUGCUGAUACAGUGAAUUUUUUGGGUCAAGAUCAAACUGGAGGCAUGGCUGGUGAUUCCUCUUUCUACGAGUCAGAGAACCCUUUCUCAAAGGCGCUCAUUCAAGCAAUUUUAGCCACUGCAUGGACAAUAGGCAUAGACGCCAAUGCACAACAAGAGAUUUCAUCGAGCCUCCAUUUUCUUUUGACGACACACCGGAUUCACAAGUUCGUAUCAUUAUACUUUCAAUACUGGCAUCGCAACUGCAACAUUAUUCAUGUGCCAUCAUUCAGCCUCGAACAAGUUUCAAUGCCUUUACUCGCUUCGGUUAUCUUUAUGGAAGCUAUGUAUUCAAAUGACGAACACGAGGCGUUCGUGGCGCGGCGAAUGCUAGACUUUGCUGAGUUGCCAACAACAGAUACGGAACGGGCAGAUUGGCUUUCCCUUCAGACUCUACAGGCGGCAUUUGUGAUGGUAGUCACUCAGUAUUGGGCGGGCUCAAAGAUGUCACGCAACAGGGCAAUGGAAGUUCGGUACAACGAAAUUAUUCUGACAGCACGCAGAAUGGGGCUUACAAAAUGCCGUCAUCUGCUUGAAGACAGUCUUCAUGAGAUGCUGUGGAUCCAGAAGGAGUGUCGUAUCCGGACUAUGAAUAUCAUUGCGUUGCUUGAUUGUGCCUUUUCUUUUUAUUCCAACUUUCCUUGUCGGCUUACACCGGCGGAGUUGGAAUGUGAUUUGCCAUGCGAAGACACAAUAUUUGGCUCUAAACAUCCUUUCUCUCAUCCGAACUUCCGCUUUACCAGAGAAACCACCAUCUAUGAAGCCUUUCGGUAUCUCUUCCAGAAUGGCCAGGCGGGAUCGAGCAGUGGAAAAUAUGAUGAUCAUUCUCGUAAUCAACACCAAGAUUAUUCAUCUCUUGGAAUGAGCUUCACGGUUACAGACAUGUUUUUCUUAAUACAUCCAUCAAGUAGUCCUUAUAACUCUCAACAACCGUCUUUGCCAGACGACCCGGUUGUCGUCAGCAUUCGCAAUGCGCUCAGUCGCUGGCGGACACUAUGGGCCGAUUUACGAACGCGAAUUCCAGCAGACGAAUGGGCCGCGAUAGGCUUUAAUAAGACAGCAUACAACUUUUGGCAGGUAGCCAAUCUGCUCAUCACCAAAAAACAUAGUGUCGAUGUCAUUAUGCAAAUGGAGAUUAAAUGCGAAGAUAAGCUGGGGAAGUUGAAAGUGCUGUUACUGGAUGAUAACGAUUGA